AUGUAUGUGUAUAUGUAAAUUCCUGUCUUCUGGUUUUUCUGCCUGUAUUGUUACAGACUAUGAGAGAGACAGUGUAUAGAGCACAGUAUGUAUGUGUGCACAAAGGCGUUUAGUAGAUAUGGUCAUUCUUCCAGGAAAAGCAUCUGAUUUACCUCAUAAACUGUCUUUAAUAUAGCUAAAUAAGUCUCUCUGCUGUGAUUAAAGUAGAAUUAAUUGCUGUCCUUUCUAGGAGCCCAAGUAGGACCAUGUUUCCAGGGCUUUAAUCUCAGAUAAGAGCAGGGUUUGAAUUGUGGCCCAGCCAGUUGCUGGCUAUGACACCAUUGAAGCCCAAUUCCUGUUGAGAAUAAAAUGGGAAUCAUGUUGACCACACAGGGUUAUUGCUAUGAUUCAGAGCCUUUGGCAUGCUGCCUGAUGCAUGCACAGCAUAAUAAAACCUUCAUUUUGUCACUGGUGUGGCACACUGAGGACAGUUCUUUAUUUAAAGACAAAGGUUUCUGUUGCUAGUGAAUUUUCAGUUGUUCUUUUCUAUGUCUUUGGACUUGGUGUGUUUCUGUAUCUGAACCUCAGAAAAAACCUUCCGUCAUCAAACUCAGCAGCCCUGACUCAUUCUCUACACCUUAGUUCCGUGGCACCGUUAGUCAAAACUCAGUGAACAAUAUAAAUUAGAAAGACCCGCGACUCUUCCAGGAGAGUCAAGUGUGCAGAUAAAUGAGAAUGGAAAGAAAAGAUUUUGGAAGGAGAAAGAACCUUAAACUAUUUUCAUUGCCUGAAAGACAAAAUCAGGAAAGCAGAGAGGUUGAAGGCUGAGAGAGGUAAGAGCUGACACCACAGGCUGGAAGGAGACAAGGCAAUGGAUUUGAGCCCACAAAUAUGAGUAUGAAGAGACCUGUGACAAAGUGGUUCCAAUGGAAUCAGGUGGGGUGAGGACGGCAAAGGAGUUUACACUGGACAGCUUUUUAACUUCUGCUAAGAUGAAGAGAUCAGUGACCCAAACACUUGACCUCAAUGUUUUCAGAAUUACAGUAGCAGUUGGGAGUCGAUGGGCUGAGGAGCAGCUCUGAGGACCUGUGUCUACCUAAAGGACUGACCAAUGGCCUGGUUUGUUUCUAAUUGGACAAAUUAUCACCAUCAGAGCAAAAGUGACUAGGGCAUUCAGCACAAGCAUGGAGAUCAGUAUCAAGGUCAUAGUCCAGGACAAGUUCACGGGCGUCCAGAAGCUCCUCUGCGUGGCUUUCUCUACAUUUGUAGCUAAGCCAGUCGGCAAAGAAAAGGUUCACUUAAAACCUGUCCUGCUUCAAACGGAGCAAGAGCAAGUGGAGCACAAUCUGGCUUCGGAGAGAAGGAAAGUCCGAUUGCAGCAUGAGAACACCUUCAGCAACAUUAUGAAGGAAAGCAGCAGGUUCAGAGAUCCCAUUUGUAAUGAAGAAGAAGGAACGGCCACCACCAGGGGCACCUCUGUCCAGAGCAUCGAGCUUGUCCUUCCGCCCCACGCAAACCAUCACGGAAACACAUUUGGCGGCCAGAUCAUGGCAUGGAUGGAGACAGUCGCCACCAUUUCUGCAAGCCGCCUGUGUCAUGGGCAUCCCUCUCUGAAGUCCGUGGAUAUGUUUAAAUUCCGGGGACCGUCCACAGUUGGAGACCGCCUUGUCUUCAGUGCCAUAGUCAACAACACCUUUCAGAACAGUGUGGAAGUUGGAGUGCGUGUUGAGGCCUUUGACUGUCAGGAGUGGGCCGAGGGUCGAGGCCGCCACAUCAACAGCGCUUUUCUCAUUUACAAUGCUGUUGACGACCAGGAGAAACUCAUCACCUUUCCCAGAAUCCAGCCCAUUUCAAAGGAUGAUUUUCGCCGUUACCAGGGAGCCAUCGCACGGAGGAGAAUUCGCCUAGGCAGGAAAUAUGUUAUUUCCCACAAGAAAGAAGUUCCACUCAGUGCACAGUGGGAUAUAAGCAAAAAGGGAUCCCUAAGUAACACCAAUGUGGAAGCUCUCAAAAAUCUGGCAUCCAAAAGCGGUUGGGAGAUUACCACCACCUUGGAGAAGAUAAAAAUAUAUACCCUGGAGGAGCAAGAUGCCAUAUCUGUUAAGGUUGAAAAGCUUGUGGGCAGUCCAGCCCACAUAGCUUAUCAUCUCUUGUCUGACCUCACAAAGCGACCUUUAUGGGACCCCCAUUACAUAUCUUGUGAAGUUAUAGACCAGGUGAGCGAGGACGAUCAGAUAUAUUACAUCACUUGCUCGGUGGUAAAUGGAGACAAACCCAAGGACUUUGUGGUGCUUGUGUCACGAAGAAAGCCCCUCAAAGACGACAACACCUACACUGUGGCACUAAGGUCAGUUGUGCUGCCGUUUGUCCCGCCAUCUCCACAGUACAUCAGAAGCGAGGUCAUUUGUGCUGGGUUUCUCAUCCAGGCUGUCGACAGCAAUUCGUGCACCGUAGCUUACCUGAACCAGAUGUCAGACAGCAUCCUCCCUUACUUUGCUGGCAAUAUUGGUGGCUGGUCAAAAUCCAUUGAGGAAGCUGCAGCCUCUUGUAUAAAAUUCAUAGAGAAUGCCACUCCUGAUGGACUUAAAAGUGUGUUAUAAAUGGUCAACUCUCAACUACCUGUAAUUUAAUUCCAAAUGUGUCCUUAGCCUUUUUAUGUGGCAAGCUUUGGGGCCAUACAAUGAUUUAAUAUCAGCCUAAGCAAAAUGCCGUUAUGACGAGAUAAAAAAAAAACAAAGUGUAUUCUGGUGAUUUGGAGCCAAACUACAAGAUCUCUAAAGCUCUACUGUACCAACACUUGGAAAUUUCCUGGAUACAAUAUCACAUGAUCUAUAAAAUGGCACAAAAUUAGUCAACACUAUCACAGAUGGUUCCGGAUUACAGAAGCUCGAUGUGUAUUCUGCAAUGAUGAGUUUAUAAACCAUGAAAUGGUGGGCUAAAACCUGAUGAGUGUUUAAUAUUAGUCCAUGGGCAGCAGACACCUUUGUCAGGAGUCUCUGAGAAGAUAUAUUCCAUGUUUUAGAACUUUAAAUUAGGAAGCAUUAAAACAUAAUGGAAUUCAAUCAGUUUUUAAAAUAGGAAUGACUUCACUUCUGUCAUUUUACAUAUAUUCCAGGUAGGUGGCCAAUUUAGUAUCUAUUUCUAUACACGCACAUGCCAAGCACCUGUAAAGUGUGAUAUUAGAGAGAAUAUUAACUGA